AUGAGUGCAUCUGAUGUCUCUUUUCUCGACCCGACCAUUUUUCUGGCCGAGGGCGACCAUCCUGAAAAAUCAUCGAAUCCACCAGAUCUGCUCAUUCUGAACCAGCCUAUCACCAACUUUGCUACGUUCUCGCGUCUGUGGAAACAUAGUAUCUAUCGCAUAUGCGCAGAUGGUGGUGCAAACAGAUUGCAUGAUAUGUUCAAAGGCGCUCUCGAAACACGGAGAGAUCAAUAUCUUCCAAGUAUCAUUCAUGGUGACCUCGACUCCCUGCGCGACGAUGUACGUACGUACUAUGAGUCGCACGGUGUCGAAGUGCUACGAGACGGUGACCAGUACAGCACAGACUUUGGAAAGACAAUGUCGAAGAUCUCUGCAAGAGACAACGCAACAUUGCAAAAGGACGUUUUGAUUCUGGGCACUCUCGCAGGUCGAGUGGACCAAGGCCUUGGACUUCUGCACGAGAUGAUCAGAGAAGAGACGAAGCACCCAAACCUGCGCUUGUGGCUGUUCUCUGAGUCGAGUCUCUCGAUCAUCCUCAGGAGGAGACGAACCGUUGUUCGCAAUCUCAUGUCAAGCGGCCUGUUCACUGAGAAUUUGGGUCUUGUUCCCGUCUACGGCCCAGCGACCAUCAGCACGGCCGGAUUGGAGUGGGACGUAAAGGACUGGUUCACGCAGAUAGGCGGUCAAGUCAGUACGAGCAAUCAUGUCAAGGCUGAAGAAGUACAAGUUGAGACAGACGGACCUAUAUUGUUCACAAUUGAACGCGCGCCGCUGGAUCAAAUACCGUAA